AUGACUCUCAUGGUUUUCUUCGGAUGCGCUUUCAUAGCCUUUGGACCGGCAUUGGCGUUAUUUUCCCUCACUGUGGCCAAGGAUGCCGAACAGGUUAUCGUUUUGAUUGCAAGGUAAGUUCAGUUUAAGCUGAGAUUUCUUUAAGUCCUUGCUUUGUUAUGGACUACGGUUAGGGUUCCACGUUAAUUUUCGCGCGUUAUCAUCCAAUCACCUGCGAACAGUUUCUAGAUUACAGACAAGGAGGGGGGUACAAUUUUCUAAGAGGCUUGAUUUUUGGGGGUCAAUUUUGAAAAUGCACAAAAUGUGAGGGGGUCGAAAUAUUAAGACACAGGACUGGUCUUCUUUGUAAGUUAUGAUUGAAGCAAAUCCAUGUUUCCUUCAAAAGUAGACAAAAAAAUUCGCUUCGGCGGUUCUUUGGCAGCAACAAAAUGUCACCCGUAUCUAUCAGUUAUUCUACUACCAGGAAUGUAGCGUUUAUGUGCACACAUAUGAAAAAAUAUAGAUUUUUUUUAUUUCCUGAAAGCAUUUUUAUUAUUAAAUCGGGAUAAAUAUAUCGCAUUAUACUGAUGUUUUGUGUUAGGAUUUCCUUAAUCCUUUUACUCAUUAAGUGGAAUGAAAUGGCUCCGAAUGUGAAGCCACAGACCCUGGUUGAGACUUUUGACCAAACCAACUCCAAUUCUAUCCCGGAGUAUAUGUAGCUCUCCAUGUAACUUUGUUGACUUAUCCUUUGUCAACACGCACAGUUGAGCGUAGCUUCAGCGGUAUGAAGAGACUGCAAAGUCCUUUGCGAAGGACCAUGAGAGACGAGAGAUUAAGCUCUCUUGCAAUUCUGCACAUACACAAGCACAACUGGGCAACCUUCAGAAUCUUAUACUAUGCUGCUGACUACCAGUAUCUUAUAGCUUAUGAAAUCAGUGCCCAGAAAUGGAAGAAGAGACUUGGUCUAGAAGGUGUUGGAGGGAGGGGUGCGCAUUUUAAAAAUUGUUAUUGCCUAUGGGGGGUACAAUUUUGAUAUGUAAUUUUGAGUGGCACUGCAGAAAUACGUUUUGUGACGUCACAGCACCUGGUCAGCGGUAUUUGAGUUCGUUCGAUCUUUUUUGUCCUUUGUCAUCCUUCACUGCUUCGCUUAGAUGCAUUUAUCACACGUUGAGGUCGGUUUUAUCGUGGAAUUAAAUGGGCAUACUGUUGUUUGUGGUUCUGGUGCAUAAUAAUUAUUAGUUUGUUCCAUACAGACAACUUUGUUUCCUCCUUCAGAUGGUCAUUUACUAUGCUUUUUUACCACCUUUCUUUUAUUUAUUUUGUUGACUUUUUUGCAAUUCAGCAUCUUAUGUUAUUUUUAAUAAAACAUUCACUCGAAAGAAACCUCUUGGUUGCCACUGUAUUCAUAACCAGAGAACCAUCAGCCUUCUCUGCUUCAUAUCACUUCAGGCACAAAUGAGUGGACAGCCUUAAUGGAAAUUACAGAGGCAUUUAAUUUUUUUGCAACAAAAUUCCCUAGGUUCUCACAAAACUAACAACUCUUAUUAUUGGUAAUUUAUGUGAAUAAUCCUGUCCCAGACCAUUAGCUUGUGUCAAUAAGAAAUAUCUACAUGCUCACUUUAAAUGUUUACUGCAUUCAUAACAAUGGAUAAAAAUAAUUAUUUUAAACUCUGAUAACACAAAAAGAAUUUUAAAACAACUUUGUAAAUAAUUUUCAAACUUUGUAUUAUCAAUAUUAUAUAGAAAAAAUAAUUCCUGAAAAGAAAAAAAAUAAUGCAUUGAAAUACUUAUCCUUUAUACAUAAACCAGAAUUAAGGUUUCAUUACAGAUUUCUUUCAGUACAGAAUCAAACGAAAAAAAUGGUCAUUCAAAAACUUACCUCCUUGUGAUCUUGUUUACGCUUUUUUGUCACGAUCUUUUCGGUUUUUUCUCACUUUUGGCCAGCUGUUUGACAUCUUUGGCGCUUCAUUUCGGCACUUAUUACACCAACGUGUAAUUCGGCAGCAAAGCACCAGCUUUAUAUAGAGUUUGAAAGAACUUGCACGGGAUGAUAUGAACAUACAACUUGGCAGUAUGUCACCAAGUUGAAGGGCAAGAACACCUGCGGUCAUCUUGUCUUCGUAUCAAAUCAAAGUGAUGCUGGCAAACCAUUUCAAAUGGCUCCAGCUCACCAGCUCUGCAUACUUGAAGGUUGGUAUGUCUUUAACAGGGCACAGCUACAGCCUUUGGAAAUGUGCUUGUUUUUGGCCUUUGCACACAACAUGGAUCAUCAUGUCACAAAGACUAUCGCGCCGCAUACUUUCAAAAAAUUCACUCACUGUGCAAGCACAGUUUGUCUUUGGCACAAUAUAUAAUGCAUGAAAAGGAAGAAGGAAACGAGAGGUGAAGUUUCAAGAUUAAGUUUUCAGUUUUUGCUCUAAGUUUUUGGGGUUUUUUAUUGCCUACCGCACUCGCGUUGAAAACCAAUUCAAAGUUACCGGUGUUUUGAAUUUUAAAAGGUGAUGACGCUGACCAGCAAAAUACUGUAUCGCGCCUUCAAAAAUGUAUUUCUGCGGUGCCAUUUUGAGUUUGAUUUUGAGUUUGAAACAAAAGAAAAUGAAAUUUGAACCAAGGAUAUAAAAUUGAACCACAAAAGAGGGUACUAUGUUGAGGUCGAUUUUUUGUUUUUCUAUUUUUAUGUUUUGUUUUUAUUUUUUUGCCCUUUUUAAGUGAGUGAGGAUCGCCAGAUGCACAAAAAUUCAGUUUUUAUUAGCGCUGACUCAGUGUUGACAGAUGCAUUGUAAUAACGGUACUUCCAAAAAAAAGAGUCAAACCUUUGGUCGAGAUGUCUAGGAAAAAUGCACUGAAAAUAACAAUAGACGUGCUUCUGGUAGACAAAAGACCUUUAAGUCAUGACUAGCUUGUCAUGCAAUGCAUGUUUCAAUCACUGGUUGAAACAUUUGUAGGGGAGUCAUUGCACUAGUGGGUCAGCAGGGGGUGGUCAUUGAAUUUUUUUUUUCUGAAACAUUUUACAUUGAAUGAUUUUUUUAUUUUAUUUUUAUGGGGGAGAGGAUUUCACUUCCUCCCCCUCUAAUGGUCCACCAUUAAUCACAAUAUUACCAGUGUUUAUUGUGCUUUAGUGGGACUUGUUAUUAGCUAGUAUAAUAAGUAUACUCGAGCCUUGUAGACCAAAAAUAAAUCUCUUGAAAAUCCUGAAACUUUUCAGCAUAGCUUAAAAUACACGCCUGUGUUAAAAUUGAUAAUUUCUUUGAACAGUGGACUUGACAUCCAAGAUCAUGGACCAAUCAUUUCCAGGUUGCUGUUAUUUUUACAAAAUGUGUCUUGUUUUCUGCGUAACACUAGCACAGCCACAUAAUUGUGCAGGUAAUGCAAGGUUUUUGCGUAAGAUUUCCUGAUUUCCUGAAAGUCUGUGAUUCGUCUUGUUAUUUUCUCUUGACCCAAAGGUUGAACUCCUCUUUUAGAACAUCUGUGAGCAGUCUGGCCAGUGCAAAUAAUAGCUGAACUUUUGCAUGUCUGGCACUCCUCGCUCACCUAAAAAACUCAGAAAAAAUAACAAAAAAAUGAACAUAGAAAAUGAAUCCUCUACAUAAAAUUUGAUGCUUGACAUGUUACCCUUGACCUCAACACUUCAUCCAAAAGCCAGACUCAGAUUGGAGUAGUUUACUUAAAAUACACCUUUUGCUGUUCAUUACGAGAAAAUACGCAUUUAUUUGCGUGAAAANGUGAAACUCAAGGCGCUGGUCCGCUGGAGGCUGGCAAAAAAUGUAGUGCGGUUGGAAUUAACAAAUUCUGUAUUAUUAUUAAACACCAGGGAAUUGGCAUUUUGCGGUUGAGACUUUCUGACAUGGAUUUCUUAGGGUUUUUUUAAAUUUCUUAACAAUUCUGACUAGUUUCUGGAAACUAGUUGCACUAGUCUGUAUCCAACCCUGGAUAGCCUAUGACUAUUUUGUAUUCAGACCUGGAGCCUCUUUCACAAUAUUCUCCUGUAAAGUUACAUCUUUCUCCUGUUACUAGAAUUCUUAGUGAAAACCCCAUGUGCAUGUAUGUUUUUGUGACCUUAGUUUGUGUCCCCUACAUGGAGUUGUUUAAAAAGAGAGGUUCCACUGAGGUCGUUUUACCCAAAAUUCAAUUCACUUGCCUGAACAAAACUUAAUUUGCCUGAUCAAUGCCAGUUUCCUAUACCUUUCCAGGAGAAGUAUAUUGUAUGGCACUGAGUUUCCUGAUUUUUUGGUUUUGCUUCCCCACAAGUAAUCCUAAAAGUGCUUGUAUGGGCACUUCCAACCAAGGCUCCCACUCAUUUGCAGAGUUAACUAUCAUGGAGACAAUUUUCCUGGUCACUAAGGUGUCUCCUUAAUGAGCUUCUGCUGUAGCUGAUUAUUAUUAUUUUCUGUUCUGAAAAGACAUUUGUGAUAGAAUUCUGUUCUCAUUGGUUUAUUAAUUUAAUUAAUUAUUUAUUCUUUACAGUGCAUUUUUUUGGUUACUAUCCUUGUUGCUAUCUUCAAUCUGGUGGACUGUGGUAUCACCACUUAAGAAACAUCUAGCCUUUGGUAUUGCAUUUUCAGUCAUUUUUCAGGAACUCUUUAGACUGGCUUUCUAUAAAAUAAUGAGGUGAGAAUGAGAAGGUUGUUUCAAAUGCAUCAGUGAUGUUUGAUUGAGGAACAAAUUAAUGUUUUUUCUGAUGUAGUUGUCACAGCUUGUGCUCUUAAUCUAAAACAUCAAAUCAUUUGUGCAAGCUUUCAUCAUGUCAAUCCUAGAGAAUUUUCUUGAAGCUUUUAACACCUGGGCCCAGUUGUUCAAAGGCUGAUUCGCCCUUAACACAGGGUUAAAUUUAACCAUGGUUUCUUUUUCUUGUGUUCAAAAGCAUUUUCUUGGAUAAUUUUCUCUGUUAUUUUUAUAGCUUCCAAUCAUCAACUUGUAGACAAAAAGAAUUAAAACUGAAAUGCUUUUUAAGCUUGCAAAUCUGAAUUAUUCAAAUCUUGCACUAACCCAGGAUUAUCUUAACCCAGCUUUGAACAACUCGGCCCAGGUCUAUACACCUUGUUGGUUAGGAAAUGUGUUGAGAAAGCCAUAAGACAGUACAGAUUAUGAACCAAAUACCCUUUGGGCUUGAAUUUCACAAAGGCCUUAUAAUGUACAUAUAUUUUCUGUCUUGUGGCAUGCUGAUUAUCACAUCUCUCACAGACAUCCACCUCUAAUCAUUUUUAUCUAAACAAACUGUGCAUCAAUUUGUGACAGUUCUAGAAAUUGUUACAGCCAGUAGCCAUAAAGAAUUGAAGGACCAUGUGCAAAAAUGGCAUGAGUGAUAAUUUAGUCCAAAAAUAAUUGUUGCUAAAAAUUUGCAUGUGGACUUGUUUUGUCAUGAAGAAUUUCAAUCCAGUACUUUUUCCCCAUUGGUUUUGCUCUGUAACUAUUUUACAGUAAUACUGUACAGCAUACACAUAUGUGAAUAAGCCAGUUUCUGGUGGUGGACUCCUUUUCCUCGUUCCCAGCAGUUGAUUCUACAUCUCUUUCCUGACAAAGAAAGGACGACAAUGGAUAUUCGCAAAUAAAAUAAAGUCCCAUGAAAAUGUCUUACCACACAAUUUUUUUUAACAGUCCAACAGAAUGUGAGUGAUAUCGAACUUAAGUUUCUUGACAAGUGUUAAACUGUCCCAAUCCUUGUUGAAUGAGUUUUAAAGAGAAUAGUGUUUGUUCCACUGUAGUAAGCACUUACAGAUGUAUUAACGAUCUUCUUGUUUAGGAAAGCAGAUGAAGGUCUUCUUUCAAUAAUCAAUCAUCAAUCAGACCCUCUAAGGAAGCACAGAAUUGCAUACGGUUAGUAUUGUGCUGGUACUCUUUAAAGGUCUUGGGCUGAAAUGAAAAUUUUUGUAGAGGAUGAUUUCACUUGCAUUGCAUUAUACUAACCACACUUUGAAUUACCAGUAUAACAGUGAACACUGACUAUUCAUCUGUAACAUUCCUAAAUUGUGUACAUAAUAGUAUUAUUUUCAGCUCCAUUAAAUGCUAUGGAUCUCACAAAUGUACAGUAAAGAAAACUUCAAUUCGAAUUUCAAAUAAUUUCUUCCUUUAGUAUAAAUCAGCACUAGUUUUAUUUGGCAGGAAAUGAGCAGACAAGACGUCUACUCAAAGCAGUUAGUCUCCUCUUGUGAAAGAAAGUGGGGCUUGAUUGUUGACUUAUCUUCCCUGGGGGGGACCUAGUGUGAUUCAUGGCGCAAUCCCCAGAAGUUCUCUCUCCAGUAUAUUGAGGUUGAUCAAACUAUUGAGGUGGUUUUUGAAAGUGGGCCUUGGGCCUUGAGUAACCAGUGUAGUAAAUGCAUGUUCUUCGUCUGAUCACUGAUAGCCUCUUAUUGGUCAUUCAUUGGGCAUGGGACCUCAAAUCAUGUGACUAUUGCAAGUUCUAGGUGACAUGCACUCUGGGUCAUUUUGGUUUUCUCUGCUCUGAAGAACCUACUUUCACCAACAUGGCUAGCUUUUACACAGUUCAAACCUUGCUGACAUAUCUGUCCUUGCAAGAAAAUGUUUGUUGGCCAUUGACCAUUGUUCUUACAUAAUAACAGUCAACCACUGACAUGUUUAAUUCUGACUGAUUGGUUGCAGCAGAUUUUCUCAACUGCUGGCUUCCCCAGGGUUGUUGCCAUUAUUAUUAUUAUAAUUAUUAUUAUUAUUACCUUCAAAAAACUUUUCUUUUUAGAACUGAAAAUUUCACAAUGAGUGUGUGGCCCGAUAACAUUUUUGCUACUCAUCAAUUUUGCAGUUUUUGAUGGCUCUUAUCACCUUAGAAUGCUUAGAUAUUGCUUCAAAAGAGUUGACACUGAACAAAUUGCACAAGUUAGCCAGCUCUUUCAACUUUUUCAUUUUCUUAUGAGAAAACACAAAGAUUAUGGCUAUACUGUUCACAGAGACCCUUCAUUUGUAUAAACCUGACAGAUUUUGUAUCUGACUAUUACUGAGCUAGUUUUUGCUUUUGGUGCCCAGGUUACAGAAAGCUUGUCUCUGCCUCAUUUCCACUGAACCUUUGAAUAAUGAUGUGAUUCUUCUUUUAGUUUCUGGUUUAGGUUAUGGCAUAAUAAGUGGUCUCUUUGCCAUGGUCAAUGUACUAGCAGAUAUAACUGGCCCAGGAACUUUAGGUUUACAUGGUGACCCUCAGAAUUUCCUUAUUGUCUCUGGUAAGUGUUUUAACUUUGGUAAACAAAUCAGUUUAGACAGUCAGGGUGUCCAGUUCCUAUUUUUCCCAUUUUUUGAGCCUAUUUCUAUUUUCUCCUAUUUUUAAACUAAAACCUCCUAUUUUUCCUAUUUUUUAUCUGGUGAAGCGAAAAUUUGUCACAAAAACUGAAAAUGGAAUAUAAACUAUUGCUUCGAUGCAACCAGCCUGGGUUGCCUGUGCCCAAAGCCAGCCUCAUUUGAGAUUUUUGGAUGUAAUUAUGUGUGUAUGUACGUAUAUCACCGCAUUUGCCUCGAUUUCAAGUAUGGCCCUCGAAAUCAAGGCUCUUUCAUUCGCAGUCAAUCGAUUUGGAAAGAAAACAAAAGAACGCUCAGAACACAAAUAUAAAGUGUGAAGUGAAAAACUUAAAUACUAGGAGAAAUCCCGUUUCAAAUAGAAAACCACAUUUUUGCAAGCGUAUAGUAUGAAUGCAAGUGAAGGUAAGAAAAUUCCCGUGAAUUGAGGCGAUACGUUUCUCACAAUUUUUCAAGCAAUUCCUGGAACUCGACCAUAGAUGUUGUGGGCAUAGGCAACCCAGGCUGGUCACGUACGCGAUCUGAAUUAGUCUCCGGCGAAGCCUGGUGGCUUGGCAGCAAUAACCCUGAUGAGGUGCAGGGAGGCUAUCUUUGUUGACAAAAGUACUGUUGAUUUUCCUAUUUUUCUCCUAUUUUUUUAAUACAAAGUUUCCUAUUUUUCCUAUUUUCUCAAUCCUGGGUUUCCUACCAGUUUCCUAUUUUUUUGAGCAACGAUGCUGCUGGACACCCUGAUACCUUGACAAACUCGACAAAGACGCAUUUUUACACAAAGUUUUGCACGUGUUGUCAGUCCUUGUUUUGCAAAAAGGAUGCCAGCAAAAUACAGAUGUAUGUCACUUAUAAUGUCAGCUUAAGCAAAAAAACUUGGGUACAGCUUUUUUGUUACGUCUUUUGUUGGUUUCAAACCUCAAAGAAGUAGUAGGGUUUUAAGCUCAAUUUCUUUUUUCAAAAUAUUGUUUGUGUAAUCAGUACGUGCACAACAAAACGCGGUGAUGCCUCAACUGCGUUUACAUUUACUCUCAUGCAAACACACUACCCCGCCAAUAAAAGCGUGCGCACCAUCGUCUUAAAUUUAUAAAUAUAUAGUUUAUGUACAGGGUCUUAGUCCCUUUAUCAUGCUACCCAAUGUCACAGUUGUAUUCACCUAAGAGUGUUUCGUAAAAUGAGUUUUGUGAAUUUUUUUCCAGAUUUUUGGUGUCACUUAUUAUAUUUUUGCAUUNUGGCCCAGGAACUUUAGGUUUACAUGGUGACCCUCAGAAUUUCCUUAUUGUCUCUGGUAAGUGUUUUAACUUUGGUAAACAAAUCAGUUUAGACAGUCAGGGUGUCCAGUUCCUAUUUUUCCCAUUUUUUGAGCCUAUUUCUAUUUUCUCCUAUUUUUAAACUAAAACCUCCUAUUUUUCCUAUUUUUUAUCUGGUGAAGCGAAAAUUUGUCACAAAAACUGAAAAUGGAAUAUAAACUAUUGCUUCGAUGCAACCAGCCUGGGUUGCCUGUGCCCAAAGCCAGCCUCAUUUGAGAUUUUUGGAUGUAAUUAUGUGUGUAUGUACGUAUAUCACCGCAUUUGCCUCGAUUUCAAGUAUGGCCCUCGAAAUCAAGGCUCUUUCAUUCGCAGUCAAUCGAUUUGGAAAGAAAACAAAAGAACGCUCAGAACACAAAUAUAAAGUGUGAAGUGAAAAACUUAAAUACUAGGAGAAAUCCCGUUUCAAAUAGAAAACCACAUUUUUGCAAGCGUAUAGUAUGAAUGCAAGUGAAGGUAAGAAAAUUCCCGUGAAUUGAGGCGAUACGUUUCUCACAAUUUUUCAAGCAAUUCCUGGAACUCGACCAUAGAUGUUGUGGGCAUAGGCAACCCAGGCUGGUCACGUACGCGAUCUGAAUUAGUCUCCGGCGAAGCCUGGUGGCUUGGCAGCAAUAACCCUGAUGAGGUGCAGGGAGGCUAUCUUUGUUGACAAAAGUACUGUUGAUUUUCCUAUUUUUCUCCUAUUUUUUUAAUACAAAGUUUCCUAUUUUUCCUAUUUUCUCAAUCCUGGGUUUCCUACCAGUUUCCUAUUUUUUUGAGCAACGAUGCUGCUGGACACCCUGAUACCUUGACAAACUCGACAAAGACGCAUUUUUACACAAAGUUUUGCACGUGUUGUCAGUCCUUGUUUUGCAAAAAGGAUGCCAGCAAAAUACAGAUGUAUGUCACUUAUAAUGUCAGCUUAAGCAAAAAAACUUGGGUACAGCUUUUUUGUUACGUCUUUUGUUGGUUUCAAACCUCAAAGAAGUAGUAGGGUUUUAAGCUCAAUUUCUUUUUUCAAAAUAUUGUUUGUGUAAUCAGUACGUGCACAACAAAACGCGGUGAUGCCUCAACUGCGUUUACAUUUACUCUCAUGCAAACACACUACCCCGCCAAUAAAAGCGUGCGCACUAUCGUCUUAAAUUUAUAAAUAUAUAGUUUAUGUACAGGGUCUUAGUCCCUUUAUCAUGCUACCCAAUGUCACAGUUGUAUUCACCUAAGAGUGUUUCGUAAAAUGAGUUUUGUGAAUUUUUUUCCAGAUUUUUGGUGUCACUUAUUAUAUUUUUGCAUUUAAGCAUGUACAUCCAAAUCUAAACGGGUUUAUAUAAUCGUACUUAAACGUCCGCUAGAUUCUUAACACCAUAAAUAUGCUUUCAUUUGGAAUGUUCUUCAAUGAAUGUUUAUUUUAUUCCUUCAGCUUUCUUAACAUCUUGCUUUGUCCUUUUAAACACGUUCUGGGGAGUCGUCUGGUUUCAUGCCUGGGAUGAAAAGAAGUGGUUCAGUGUUUUCUUAGUUGUAGCUAGUCAUCUCUUGGUGUCGUUAAUGGUACGUAGUAUAAUGCAUUGAGACCACUUUUUCCCUUUUAGUUUUGUCAGCUCUUUCUCCCAAAAAGGUUUCAAACUUUGAGAACGGACCAUGUAUGUCAAUGUUAGUGUUGACUAGUAAAAUGUCUUGUAAAAUGUACAACAUUUACUCAAACAAAUUGCACAGCAGCACUUCGUAUUAACUCAGUUUUAAUGCAGUCUGCCUCGUUAGAAAGAAAAUUAACCUGAAUAAUAGACCCUUCCACUUCUUUUUAACUUUUGACAUCAUGUACCAGUCAGAGAAAAUCCGUCGCCAAGUUUGAAAGUGAUACGUCUUAAGCGUGCGAAGAUAUAUCUCCGCACAGGAAAAUUAACAGAAGUUUGAAUGUUGGAGGGCUAGUUUGUGCCCCCUACCAUACAAAAGUGUUUCAAAUUUUGCGACUUUAAUGAGCUUUAAAAUGUUUCUUCGUUAGUUUUCAACAAAUCACUUUAAACCUUGUCGGUUUAUUAAUUUAAAGACGGUCUUUUCAUAGUCCAAGGAUUUCCUAACUUGGACCCACCACAUAGUUUUUGGACUAAAGAUAGUUCAUAGCCUGUUCAUAGCUGCCCCCUUACUUCCCUAAGGGAGGAGGCAGCUUGUUGAAAAGUUGAAAAGGUUAGAGAAAAUAAUCUUUCAAGAUUUAAAAGUGAUUGAUUGAUUAAUACAACGGAAAUAUUCCACAGUCUUUUCAUAAUGUUCUUUUUCUAUAGUGUCAAAAUACCUGUACCCAGGCAUGCAUAGCUGCACCCUAACUUUGCUCCAAUUUAUAUUUUUCAUAGUGCUGCUUACCCGCUGGAAAAUACAGUAACCGCAUCAGUUCGCAUUUUCCGAACUGUGAAUUAACUGUGACUAAUUGUUGUGUUUUGUGUUUUGUUUGUUUAUUUUAUAACAGACUCUUCUAAAUGGUAAACAGCAGUAUGUGGCAUCACUAGUGUGUGCAUACAUCACCAUGAUUGUUAUGGGCACCCUGGCAUUUAAGACUGCGGGAGGCAGUCUCUUCAACAUUUACAGACUCACCUCAAGGAAAACACACCGCGACUAUUGAGUCUGGGAAGCUAUAUUACGUAAAUUGUUUAUCAGCCAAAGAAGGCAUUGAUCACAAGCCUCGAAACUCGAAGAUAUGAAUUCUAAAGUAGUGCGAGAGAGUAAAAUGUCGCCGAUUAAUGAUACUCUUUACUGUUUUUCUCAAUUAACUUGAAGGUUGUUAGAGGUGGAAUAGAUCAUUUUAAAUAAAUUAAAAUUGAUACUUGGCUCCGAGACUCCAAAGAAAUCAUCUUGAAGCGCAGCAAUGAGUAAUACAUUUCUUUUGUUUUAUUCCCCCAAGCCCCGCAGCCAAUUAUAAACUUUAUAUAUCGGAAUUGGUUUAUUGUCAUUAACCACCUUGUUUAUAAUAAAGUGGCAAGAUAUAAGGCUGCCCGCAUGUAAAUGAACAGAAAUCCUGAACACCAAGUGAACACCAAGGGUUAAUAAACUGUAGAUAAAAUAAGGCGGCGUCUACUAUGCUGAGUUUGUAAUAAACUAUUGCAGAUAAAGAUUUGUGGGGCUAUGUUUCUUUGGCAAAUGCCUGUGCUUUUGCUCAUUGCACAUCGAUAGAUAAGGAGGUAGGAUAGACAUUUAAUUUAACCUCGAUUGUUUUAUCUGCUACAGGCGCUGUCUUACAUAAAAGUGAAAUAUUUACAUUUACAUAUAUCAUCUUGCAAUAUAUGCAAGAGACAUAUUCGCAAGCUCCCAGCUAAUAACUAAAGUGCAACUUCUAGGAAUUAUUAAAAUAAAAAUUCAAUAAAUCGAAAGGGGUAAACAUCACACUGAAAAUAUGUAGUCCGAGAUGGUGGCUUUAAAUUUUGCAGUUGAAUCCAUUGUUAAAUAAUCAAAUG